AUGCUUGACCAAUCUCAAGCAUCGUCAUCCUCCUCGGGUGCUCAUAUGAUGCGCCAACAUAACCACAAUCCUCAUAAUUAUCAAGCCUACACAAAUCCUACUUCAAACUCAAGUCACAAUAAUAUGGGUCAUCCGAAUAUACCCACUGGUCAAGCUGUUCGAAUGGAUCCUUUCAAUCAAAUACCUCCUGAACUCUACGGAUCAUCGUCAACGGCUUCUGUAGCUGCAUCGAUACGACAACCACCUCCUCAAAUUCCCAUGCAACCACCUCAACAGUAUAGGCAGAUGCCACCAGAAUUAGGAGCAUCGACGUCAUCGAUGCAUUCAAUGCAGCAACCAAUGGACAUUUAUGAUAACUAUAGCAAUGCGAGUACUUCUGACAUGCGAAGGAGCAGUGUUCGAGCGGAUCCUAGGAGGAAAGAAAUCUACGCUUACAACGCUGAUUGGACUCUAUUCUCUCAUGGAUGGAGUGCGGCAACUGAUCCUUCGAGAAAAUUCCGAUUGGCAGUAUCAAGUUUUAUUGAGGAGUACUCAAAUAAGAUCACUAUAGUACAAUUGGAUGAGGAGCUAGGCGAACUAGUGCCUCGGAGUCAAUUUGAUCAUCCUUAUCCUGCAACGAAAAUAAUGUGGAUUCCGGAUCAAAAAGGAAACUUUCCGGAUUUGCUGGCUACCAGUGGAGAUUAUUUGAGGCUGUGGAGGAUUGGAACGGAUAACAAUGCUCGAAUUGAAUCUCUUUUGAAUACGAAUAGAACUGCCGAAUAUUGUGCUCCACUGACAAGUUUCGAUUGGAACGAAUUGGAUAUGAAUCUGAUAGGAACAAGCAGUAUUGACACAACAUGUACUGUGUGGCAGCUUGAGACCGGUCAAGCGAUUGGAACCACACGACCUCAGGCUAUCGAUGGAACAGUACGAACGCAGUUGAUUGCUCAUGAUAAAGAAGUUUACGAUAUCUCAUUUUCAAGAGGGAAUCCACAACAAUUUGCUUCUGUUGGAGCUGAUGGAUCCCUUCGGCUUUUUGAUUUACGAAGGCUUGAACACUCUACAAUAAUGUACGAGGAUCCUCAACGACAACCUUUACUACGAUUGGCAUGGAAUCGAAAUGAUCAUAACUAUAUUGCCACUUUUGGCCAGGAUAGUAAAGAGGUGUUAAUUCUGGAUCUGAGAUUACCUUGCACUCCGGUGGCUCGGUUACGUAAUCAUGAAGCUGCGAUCAACGGUUUAUCCUGGGCACCACACUCUGGAUCGCAUAUUUGUACGGCUGGAGAUGAUUUCCAAGCAUUGAUUUGGGACGUUCAUGAGAUGCCCAAACCGAUUAAUGACCCAAUUUUAGCGUAUAGAGCAAGUGCAGAGGUGAACCAAAUCCAUUGGUCCUCUUCUUUCCCAGACUGGAUAUCAAUUUGUUCGAAUAACAAACUGGAAAUUCUUCGAGUAUAA